UCCGGCGGCGCGCGCAGGCGGCCCGUGACGUCAGGCGGCCCCGGAAGGGCGGGGAGGGGGAGGGGGGACGCGGGGCCGGUCCGGCCGAGUCUGCGGGUCCGGUGCCCGCUCCCGUGUCCCGGGCCCCGCCGCCAUGACGCUCGCCGUCUUCUUCGGGUGCACAUUCAUCGCCUUCGGGCCGGCCUUCGGCCUCUUCGUCUUCACCAUCGCCCGCGACCCCCUCCGCAUCAUCAUCCUCAUCGCCGGGGCUUUCUUCUGGCUUGUGUCGCUGCUGCUCUCUUCCCUCAUCUGGUUCAUCGCAGUCAAAGCCAGUGACCCCCGGGAUGAGCCCUUGCAGAAGGGGCUCCUGAUAUUCGGGGUGAUGUUCUCUGUGCUGCUGCAGGAGGCCUUCCGCUUCCUCUACUACAAGCUCCUCAGGAAGGCUAUCGAGGGGCUGGUGGCCCUCAGCGAGGAUGGCUGCUCCCCCAUUUCCAUCCAGCAAAUGGCGUAUGUGGCUGGUGUGGGCUUUGGGCUCAUGAGUGGCGCCUUCUCCAUGAUCAAUCUCCUGGCUGACGCGUUGGGGCCCGGCACUGUGGGGAUCUAUGGGGACUCGCAGCUCUACUUCCUGACCUCAGCUUUUAUGACCAUGGUGCUGAUUUUCCUUCACACCUUCUGGGGGAUCCUCUUCUUCCAUGGCUGUGAGCAUCGGCGCUGGUGGGAGAUCACAGCAGUUGUUGUCAUGCACCUUGCUGUUUCGGGGUCGACAUUUUUCAACCCCCUGUACGUGGGCAGCCUGGUGCCUUCCUACCUGCUGAUGGCUGCUGCUGCCACCUGGGCUUACAUGCUCUCAGGGGGAUCUGCCCAGAACCUGCGACGCUUCCUGCUCUGUCUACGUAGUGGAGCCAGCCCCCAGCCAGGAUCCUGAGGCCCUGCGGGAUGCUCAUGUCCCCACCACCCUUGCCCUCCCCUCCAUCCUGGCAGCAAGAGUGGCUGUCACCUUCUCUGCAAUAUCUUUUCUCCUGCACUGGGGGACCCUGGCCAGUCCCAGUACAGCACAUACUGGGGUCUGGCUGUGGCAGCCAGCUGACAAGUGUGACUGGGGCUGGCUCGCUCUGAUGCCCCUUUGGGAGCCCCCGGAAAACGGCCUAGUUUUGGGGGACUCGGCUUUGCUGGCCUCACUGUGAGCGGAGCCCCAGUUUUCCUGCCUGGGAAGGAUGCUACCUUGGACUGCCAGAGGCCUGAGCCCAAAGAAACCCAUCGCUUCUCCCACCGCUGCAUAAGAUGCACCAUCCCCUGUGCCGGGGAGGGGAACCCGCAUUGCCUCCUCACCGCAGGUGGAGGAAUCAGCUUUGUGAAGUGCCUGCCAUGCUCUGAGUGAGGGCUGACCUCUGUGAUGUUACUUUCACCACCUCUUUGCCCAGCCUGGCUGCUCUGGGAGCUGUAGUCCUGGCGCUGGACUGUGGUGGCUGCAGCUAGCUGGCACCCUGAUGCAGGGACGAUGGUGCUGGGGAACUGGGAUGGGAGGAGGGUGGGCCCUAAGGGCCAAGCAGACAUAGAUGGUGGUGGAGGGCUCAGGAGAUGCAACCUUGCAGCAGAUGCCAGCACAGCUUGGGGAGGAGGUUCAAGGGACCAUUCCAGGGGAUUAUUGCUCUUUCCUGCACUCAGAUGGGGAUUUUUAGGCAGGCACUGGCCCUGAUGCCCAGCCACAUGGCUCAGAGGGAGAAGCUGCCAUUGGGCUCAGGGCUGAGAAAGCUGUUUUAUCCACAGCGGGCUUUUAUACCAAUAAAAAGUACCACAGACAA